AUGUCUCAUCGACGGCUAGGUACCGCCAUGACAGGACGUAGGACUCCCUACAGGGUAAAGCUGAAAACUGAUCUAAACGCGGCUUUCGAAGCGAUCAGCCUUACCGGAAAAUUCGCCGGAUGGGAGGCGCUUCCGAGAGCCCCACCGGCGUGGCUCUAUGUUGAUGGGGUUGGAGACAUCAGCAUGCCUCUGGGCGAGGAACAGAUCAUGCAGAUCAUCGGCAAAGCGCAACAGACUCCCUAUGGCUCCACAACACCAGAGGAACCGGACGUUGGCGGGCCUGUCGGUAACAACAUAUGGGAACUCAAUCCAGACCAGUUGGAGUUCCUCGACCCGGAAUGGCCAAACUAUCUGCUCAUGUUAAGGGACCUCGUCGAAUCCAAGCUCGACGUCGAUGGGCCCAUUCGAUUAAAUUUCCACAGGAUGAUGAUCUUUGGAAAGGGUGCGAUGUCGACGCCCCAGACCGACAUUCAGAGGACUCGCGGGAUGUUUGGAACCCUGAUGAUAUGUUUGCCAUCGGCUCAUGAGGGCGGUGAAGUACGCGUGGAGCACAACGGAGAAUCGAUGGUUUUGGGUGGAUCGGACGCAAGCCAGUCAUUUUCUUGCUGGUAUUCGGACGUCACUCAUGAAAUUCUACCGGUCAAAUCCGGCUACCGAUGCGUCUUGACUUACAAUCUAGCCACCAGGCCUGAUUUGACCCCACCCACUGCAAGUGCACUCGACUUGAAAAAGCUUCCACUCCGCAACACCCUCGAAUCCUGGAUCAAAGACUUGGCUAGUAAGAAGACGUCCAAAGUGCCAAGCCAUCUUUAUCAAGUCCUUGAUCAUGAAUACUUCGAACCUCCCACGUGUAUGAAAGAAUUUAACGAUAAAGACUUGGCCCGGGUCCAUCUGCUAGAAGGUUUUCAGCCCGAACUCCCCUUUGAAAUCCUCUUGGCCUCACUGGAGAAAAACGAGCAGGGGCCUAUCACUCGCGAAUAUCAGAGGAAACGCUUGGAAUCUGAUAACUCCGGCUCCGAUCGCUCCGACUCUGAGCAGUACGACUCUGAUUGGGACUCCAUGGCUGAAUAUCACGAGCUCGACGAAGUAGAAGACGUCGAAUAUUGUGUCAAGUCGCUUCGUACACUCGAUGGCACAAUCAUCGCUAGCAGCUGCGAUCUUAACUUGAACUUUUGCCUGGCGGCCGAUCCCUUUGAGAAUCUGAACGAGCCCUCCGAAGAAUGUUUUGACGACUUUGCUUGCCAUGUGUUUCGUACUUCAGCUCUUGUGAUUGUUCCGCACCAAAAAAUCGGAGAGUAUCUGGCUCAUUGCGCACACGAAUCUGAAAUCCCUCGCUCAACAUCCCAAGAUGAGACACUAUUUGGCGAGUGUCAAUCGGCUCUGCGCUUUCUUGGACACAUCUGUUCGGACCUGCCACUUCAAAUUUCUAUGCUGGACGCAAUGUGCAUACUUUUUGUAUCUGCCUCGAAAACAACAUUCAGGAAAUUGGACGCCGCUGUUAUCCUCCAGAUUGCCCUGCAAUACUCCCAUUACACACUUUUCCAGACGGUUGGACUCGACCACAAAGGGCGUCUAACAAUCAGUUUUUUCGAAUGGGCAAAAGAGCUGUUAAGCUCAUGUCCAGACGCAGACCGCGCUGAAAAGUACCAGACAUGGAUACCAUUCCUCAUUCUGAGUUUUCCAUCUAUGGAUGAUAGGAUCCGGAUCAUCGAGGCGAUCUCAAAUCCCAGUGAUGAUGCGGCCGGACAUGAAGUAACGCACCCCCCGCUAAAGGCUGAGUCUGACCUCUGGAGGUCCAGUGGGCUAAAAUUAGAAUCUGCGACACCUUCAUCUGAAAAGAUAAGGAACAUCACGAAAAUGUCAGAUCACUCAUUACCCACCUCUAUCGGAUACUUCCGGGGUCCUGGUCCUACUGGCCCAGAUGUAGUACUGCCAAAGUCUAGCACCUGGACGCAAGACAUGAUCCGUCGAUCCGUCGUGAGAUUCCCCGAAACCAGCAACAGACCCACUGUGACAGAUCCCCGCUAA